UGGUUGUAUAUAGACAACCCCAUAUCCUCAUUCAAUCUUCUCUUUACCAUUCCACCAUCUUUUUUUGAAAACCUUAUUUAAUUACCCAUUCACAUCCUUCUUCAAUUUGUUUUCUAAUUUCUACCUCUCUUCCUCCUCCUACACAAAUUCCGUUUCCCUCAAUAUCUGUAUAUAUACAUAUAAAGACUCUGCAAUAACCCAAAAAAAGAUCAAAACAAAAACAAAAAAACAAAAAACCAUGGCUUUUUUCCGGUCGUUCUUGUUCUUUCUUCUCACCUUCUUUGUUCUUUCAUCUGCACUUGACAUGUCCAUCAUUAGUUACAACGAACAGCACGGCCAGAUGGGAACAACACAUCAUCGUACUGACGAUGAAGUCAGAGGAUUGUACGAAUCGUGGCUUGUUAAGCACGGAAAGAAUUACAAUGCCAUUGGAGAGAAGGAGAAACGAUUUGAGAUUUUUAAGGAUAAUUUAAGAUUCAUCGACGAGCAUAACGCUGAGAACCGCUCAUAUAAACUUGGGUUGAAUCGAUUCUCUGAUCUUACCAACGAGGAAUACCGUGCCAUGUUCGUGGGUGGACGGUUGGAUAGGAAAACGAGGUUGAUGAAGAACCCUAAAAGCGACCGUUACACUUUUCAGGCCGGCGAAAAGUUGCCGGAAUCCGUUGAUUGGAGAGAGAAAGGCGCCGUUGCCCCUGUUAAAGACCAAGGCCAAUGCGGGAGUUGCUGGGCAUUCUCAACGGUUGGCGCGGUUGAAGGAAUAAAUAAAAUUGUAACGGGUGAAUUAAUUAGCCUGUCAGAGCAAGAGCUUGUUGAUUGUGAUAGGAGUUAUAACCAGGGAUGUAAUGGCGGUCUCAUGGAUUAUGCCUUUGAUUUCAUCAAAAAUAAUGGUGGCAUUGACACUGGAGAUGACUACCCUUACCAUGCUCAAGAUGGUACUUGUGAUCCAUACAGGAAAAAUGCCCGUGUUGUCUCCAUUGAUGGGUAUGAAGAUGUUCCAGAAAACGAUGAGAAGUCGUUGAUGAAGGCAGUGGCAAAUCAACCGGUUAGUGUUGCUAUUGAAGCUGGUGGCAGAGCUUUCCAGCACUACUCUUCGGGUGUUUUCACUGGAUAUUGUGGAACACAACUAGACCAUGGUGUAGUUGUAGUUGGCUAUGGAACAGAAAAUGGCGAAGAUUACUGGAUUGUGAGGAAUUCAUGGGGUCCUAACUGGGGAGAAAGUGGUUACAUCAAGCUGCAGCGCAAUUUUGCUAAUUCUACAACUGGAAAGUGUGGAAUUGCAAUGCAGGCAUCUUAUCCUCUCAAAUCUGGCGCAAAUCCUCCUAAUCCUGGCCCAUCUCCUCCUACUCCUGUAACACCACCAACUGUUUGCGAUGAGUACUAUAGCUGCCCACAGGGCACUACUUGCUGCUGCAUUUAUCAAUAUGGCGAAUACUGUUUUGGCUGGGGAUGUUGUCCUUAUGAGUCUGCUACCUGCUGUGAUGACAACUACAGCUGCUGUCCUCAUGAUUAUCCUGUCUGUGAUGUUGAUGCUGGCACUUGCCUUAUGAGCAAGGAUAAUCCAUUGAAAGUAAAAGCAUUGAAGAGAGGUCCAGCUAGAGCAAACUGGUCAGGGAUGAAAUCUAACAGGAAAGUGAGUUACGCUUGAGUAAUUUAGGACGUGGAGUUGAAGGCAAAGGCUCGUGUUAGAAGAGCUGCUCAAUGUGUCGCUGAGACAGAGAGGGGCUGUUUCUGGCAUAUGUUGAUUGAUUUAGUUUGUAGCUUUUUUAUUUUUAUUUUUUGUUUUGGACAAAGUUUAUUUAAUGUAAAUAUUCGUCUUUAAAAUUUCUGAAUGAAAAUUCCAGUACUGAUUGUGAUUGAUA